UGGCCACCUUGAAUCUGAUUUUGGGAUUCUUCGUUAUCGCCACCUCUACUUGAGCUAGAGAGGGGGACAGAGGGAGAGACCCUGGGUGGGUUCAGUGUUAUGUUUUUGUCGCUGUGUAUUCAAAUCGGAUUACGGACUCGCCAAUAAAACCCAACCCCUCUCUCUCUUCAUCACUCUCCUCCUCCUCCUCCUCCUUCUCCUUCAAAACCCUAGAAAACGAACCAGACCUUCAGAUCCCCUGAUACACAGUUGCACAUAUACGUACGCAAUCUCUGAGGAAUUGUCGCCAUGUCUGGACCUUCGCGAGAGCAAGCGCUCUCUCUCCUUGCACAGGCCAACAACCACGGCGAUUUGGCUGUAAAGCUCUCUUCUUUGAAACAGGCUAAAGAUAUCUUGGCUUCUUCCUCCGACCCUUCUCUUGCUUCCGAACUCUUCCCCUAUUUGGUCGAACUUCAAUAUUCUCCCGAAUUUCUCGUUCGUAAAUCCCUCAUCGAGGCGGUGGAGGAGAUUGGUUUGAAAGCAAUGAAACACUCUUCAAUAUUAAUGCCAGUCUUAUUGGCGACUUUACAUGAUAAUGAUUCUAUUGUUGUAAGACAAUCCAUUGUUAGUGGCACCAAUAUUUUUUGCUGCAUUUUGGAGGAGUUGUCAUUGCAGUUUCACCAGCAUGGUAUAGUUGAGAGGUGGCUUGAAGAGCUUUGGACAUGGAUGGUUAAGUUCAAGGAUGCUGUCUUUGGCAUUCUGUGGGAGGCUGGUUCUGUUGGUACGAAGCUGCUGGCUUUGAAAUUUUUGGAGACAUAUGUUUUACUUUUUACGUCUGGCACCGGUGAUACUGAAAAGCCUGCCUCAGAAGCUGUACCAAGAAAUGGACGGGCUUUUAAUGUUUCAUUGCUGGUUGAUGGUCACCCUGUUUUGGAUCCAGUUGCACUUACAUCAAAGGCAAAUAGAUCUCUUGGCAUCCUACUGGAUUUGUUGCACUCGGCCAGUAGUCUGCCUGGACCCUUGAUAAUAUCUGUUGUUAAUUGUCUUGCAGCCAUAGCAAGGAAGAGGCCACUCCACUAUAAUUUUGUUCUUUCUGCAUUGCUUGAUUUUGAACCAAACUUUGAGACAGUGAAGGGAGGUCAUAUGGCCAGUAUUCAGUAUUCUUUAAGAACUGCUUUUCUGGGGUUCCUUAGGUGCACUUAUCCUGUCAUUGUGGAGUCAAGAGAUAGAUUGCUUAGGGCACUACGAGGAAUGAAUGCUGGGGAUGCCGCUGAUCAAGUUAUCCGUCAAGUUGAUAAAAUGAUGAAAAAUAACGAGCGUGCUUUGCGUGAUGCACGGUUGACCAAGGAUGAUCAACCAUCAAGUCAGCUGCCUGUUGCUGGAGAUGCCGUAAGAAAAAGGUAUAUGCCUCUGGAAAAUGAAGAGCCAGACAACGGUUAUGAUAUGGCUUCCAAAAGAAUUCGUCGUGGUCCUAGUAACCACUCUGAUCCACCAGUUCAAAUAAAUGAUUCUGGGCAUGAUUUAGCUGUUAAUGGAGUAUCUUCUAAGGUUCCUUUGUUGGACAGUGGCCUGACUCCUGUUGAACAAAUGAUUGCCAUGAUUGGUGCUUUAAUUGCAGAAGGAGAAAGAGGUGCUGAAUCACUUGAAAUUCUAAUAUCUCAACUCCAUCCUGAUUUGUUGGCUGAUAUUGUCAUAACUAAUAUGAAGCACUUGCCUACAAACCCUCCACCAUUAACGAGACUUAGUAGCGUAACUCAACAAAGUGGUUCAAGUGGUCCACCUUCGGUUGCUGUGCCAAUUGGGUCCACAGCUUCUAUUCAGUCUCCGGUGCUUGCAGUACAAACACCUUCCUCUUCAUCUAAUGUGAUCAGCACAUCUAUAGCAGACAUGUCUAUUUCCAUCAACCUCCUAGCAGAUUCUAAACGUGAUCCAAGAAGGGAUCCCCGUCGCCUUGACCCACGACGUGCAGCAAUAUCUGUUGAAGUGCCACCAACGCCUACUGUGGAGGAUACUAAUGAUAUGAAAUCUGAGUUUGUUUCUUCACUCCCUGUGGUCACAAGUGUUGAAAAUACUUCGGUGUCUCUGAUGCCCAAAAUGGAAGUCGAUUUGCAAAUAUUAGAAAGUCCAGUUGUUUAUAGAAGUGAUCCAGUUGUUUCCAGAAGUGAUCCAGUAGAUUCUAGAAGUGAUCAACCACCUCCUAAGGGGGUGGUUUUUGAUGAAGAAGCCACUGAAAUUGUCCCUGUUCUGGAGGUCAAUACUGCUUUAGAUCCUGCAGUUUCUCCUGUUCACGAAGAUGACGAGGACUUGGUGGCAUCAAAGCCAUCAUGUAUUGCAGCAACAAACGAGGAAAAUACAUCAGCUCUGUUACAAUGUGAUCAGCUUUCUCCCUCUGAUUCAAACAUGACCGUCUCUGAAGAGGCUUGUCCUGAUUUACCUGUGCUUCCAUCUUACACUGAGCUGACAGAAGAACAGCAGAGAAAUGUGAAAAAGUUGGCUGUUGAACGGAUUAUUGAAUCAUACAAGCAUCUACGAGGGACAGAUUGUAGCCAGACACGCAUGGCACUGCUUGCUCGUUUGGUUGCUCAGAUUGAUGGUGAUGAUGAUGUGGCUUUGAUGAUGCAAAAGCAUAUCGUCUCAGAUUACCAAUACCAGAAGGGGCAUGAGCUUGCUAUGCAUGUACUGUACCAUCUGCAUACUCUCAUGAUCUCCAGUUCAGUUGAACAAUCUUCAUUUGCUACUGGUGUAUAUGAAAAAUUUCUCCUGGGAGUGGCGAGGUCUUUGCUGGAUGCUCUGCCAGCUACUGACAAAUCUUUUAGUCGACUUCUGGGUGAAGUUCCAUUUUUGCCUGAUUCUGCAUUAAAAUUGUUGGACAAUUUAUGCUACUCUAGUUAUCACUGCGGAAAAGAUAGUCGUGAUGGUGAUCGUGUGACUCAGGGCCUUGGUGCUGUGUGGAGCUUGAUUUUGGGGCGUCCACUAAAUCGGCAAGCCUGCUUAGAUAUUGCUUUGAAGUGUGCUGUUCAUUCACAAGAUGAAAUUCGUGCAAAAGCUAUCCGACUGGUAGCAAAUAAACUCUAUUCCCUUAACCACAUUUCAGAAGAUAUUGAGAGAUUCGCGACAAAUAUGUUGUUGUCAGCUGUUGAUCAGCGUGUUUCUGAUGUAGAGCUUUCACAAUCUGUGUUCACUGAACAAAGAACAGAAGGGGAGAGAGGAAGCCAGGAGACAUCUGUUAGUGGUUCUCAAUUUUCAGAGCCUGGAACAUCUGAAAAUGACUCCUUGAAGGGUGCACAAUCUGACUCCCAAACUGAUUCCUCAGUUUCAUUUGCUGAAGCGCAACGCCUUAUUUCUUUGUUUUUUGCUUUAUGUACAAAGAAACCUAGUCAACUUCAACUUGUAUUUGAUAAUUAUGCACGAGCUCCAAAGGCUGUUAAGCAGGCCAUCCAUCGCCACAUUCCUAUUCUUAUGAGGGCCCUAGGGUCCGCAUAUUCUGAAUUGCUCCGUAUUAUAUCUGAUCCACCACAGGGAAGUGAAAAUCUUCUGACACAGGUGCUACAUAUUUUGUCUGAAGGGACAACACCUACUGCUGAUCUGAUUGCCACUGUUAAACACUUAUAUGAAACUAAACUAAAGGAUGCUACGAUUCUUAUUCCAAUGCUGUCAUCCUUGUCCAAAACUGAGGUUUUACCAAUUUUCCCUCGGCUUGUCGACCUUCCACUGGAUAAGUUUCAGGCAGCACUUGCUCAUAUACUCCGGGGUUCAGCACAUACAGGCCCAGCAUUGACACCAGCAGAAGUUUUGGUUGCAAUCCAUGACAUUACUCCUGAGAAAGAUGGCCUUGCACUUAAAAAGAUUACAGACGCUUGCACUGCUUGCUUUGAGCAGCGCACAGUUUUCACACAGCAGGUCUUGGCAAAGGCCUUGAACCAGAUGGUUGACCAAACCCCUCUACCUCUGCUCUUCAUGAGGACAGUGAUUCAAGCAAUUGAUGCUUUUCCCUCACUGGUUGAUUUUGUCAUGGAAAUACUUUCCAAGCUUGUGAGUAAACAGAUUUGGAGAAUGCCAAAAUUAUGGGUUGGGUUCCUAAAAUGUGUCUCUCAGACACAACCACAUUCUUUCCGCGUAUUGUUACAGUUACCACCACCACAGCUUGAAAGUGCUCUCAACAAGUAUGCUAACCUCAGAGGUCCCCUUGCUGCUUAUGCCAGCCAACCUAGAAUAAGGACUUCACUACCUAGGUCAACUCUGAUAUUUCUUGGCCUUGCAAAUGAAUCACAUAUGCAGCAACCGCAUGCCCCAGCUUCUUUGCAUGCUUCAGACACAGGUUCUUCAGUUCAUGGUGCGACACUGACAUGAUAUCUGAAGCCUUGGUAAUCGAGAAAUUGUCAUAACUACACGCUUUUAUAUUACUCAUGCCAUCGAGGAUUCAGAUUCCUUCCCCUCCCAUGGUUCCAUAACCCAGAAAGUAAUCGAAAGUAAUCUCAAAUUGGUCGCUCAUAAACCAGAUGAUUGUGUCUGAAGAUGUUUUACCAUGCUGACCACUGGGAGUGCGACAAGUGGGAAAAAGGUUUUGAGGCCAGGAAUCGCCGCCUGAAAAUUUUCCCAGUUAACUGCUGCUCGUGGGAUGUACCAUAGUUUCUUCUUUUCAGUCUCCUUUCAAUUUUUUUUAUAUUUAGUUUUUCUGAUCACCUCCGACGUAGUUUUGGGCAUGUCGAAUAACCGUGUUGUGUUCACAAUAGGUAGGUAGCUUUGGCUAAAAGCGUAGUUGGAAAAGGUCCGGCAAUUGUGUUUGGGUUUUGCAGGGGAUUUUUGUAAGUUUGAUGGGUGACUGAAUGCAGUAGAAUGGGUGAUAUAUCAGUAGUAAUUUUAUGCUCUCACAAGAUCAUUGUAUCCAAAAUUGCAUCUAUUAAUUAGGGUUCUAUUACAGUGAUAUAGAAACCUUUUUUUCUUUACUGAGGUCCACAACCUCUCAGAAAGGAAUAAAAGCAAAACUAUUAUCUCAUUUUUGUGCA